AAUAGCUCUCUCGCGGUGGACCGACGCCAUCUAACGUCUGGCAUUCCCGACGUUUUUUCUCCGCCGCCGCCGCCGCCGCCGCGUAUAAUCGCCGCCCGAGAGAGCACUAGUGUCUGACGUGAUAGUCGUCGCUGCAGGUAUAGUGUACACCCGGCACAUAUAUUCUCCGCGCUGAUUGAUUGUUUUGCGCUAUCUGGUGUGCGUGUGCGUGUGAGGCUAAUUAUUCACGGCGAGUGCGGCAUAUAAUACGCGUUGUUGAUUCGUCAUCAUCGCCGCCACACGUCGGCUAGAAGAGAAGAAGGCUGUAGUUAUAGUCGCGAAGGAAGAACGAGAGAAGCGAAAGAGGGAGAGAGAGAGAGAGAGAGAGAGUGAGUGAGCGGCUCGAAGGACGGCGAAGUGGAAGAAAGAGAGUCGAAGAGUAGGUACAUUAUACACACGCGCAGAGUGAGAGUGGGAGAGAGAGAGAGACACAGGCGCAGGCAGCAGUAGUAGAUCUCUCUUGCGCGCGCACACAGCGGAGAGACUCUCUCUCUCUCGAGCCGCCGAUGUUAUGUCGAAGGCGCGCCGCUCGCUGCAUUAGCCGUCGACGUCGCCGCUGACUAGUACACUCCGUACUAUACGGGCAGAAAAAUACAGAAGAGCGAAGAGAGUGACUCGCGAGUGUUUGUGCGUACAGCGUCGAAGAUGUGCCGACAGAGGUGAAAGUGCAGCAAUAAGCUAGUACGUAGAGGAGAGCCAGUGCGGAGAUAUAUCAGAGGUACACAAUUUUCACGCCAAGAGAACGAUUUUCCAAGUGAAUCAUAAAAUCUGAAUGAUCUGCAGCUGAGGGCUGCACAGAGUUUUGGCUUUAAAAGUAGCCAAAAAUAUUCCCUCUUAGCGUUAGGUGGGAUAUGAGUGCACCCGCCAUAAAGUCAUCCAUGCCCGGAGUAGGGACACCCACUGCGUCAAGCGGCCACACCAUGUUGCCAAUGAACAUGGUAGCCCAAAAGGUUGUUGCUUCCAACGACCAGUCUAGCGGCGGUAUGAAGCCACUGCAAAACACCAAUCUCAACUACGUCACCCUGCAACCUGCCAGUCAACCCCUCAGUUUGAUCCAGGAACACAGGGCUCCUUCGUAUCAGACCUCCUUUGCUAACAACAUUCCAGUAGACCAGCAACAGCAACAGCAACCUCCACAGCAGCAACAACCACAACAGCCAUCUCAACAGCAAUCUCAGCAGCAGCAACAACAACCACAGCAAGCACAACCACCACAACAGCCACAGCAGCAGCAGCAGCACAAAGAACCUGAACAGCAGCAGCAAGAUGCCAACAAACUUGUACAGAAUGGCACAGAGCAGUCGAAGGUCGAGAAGGACAAACCGGACGGACUAACGGCCCCCGCGCCUCCUACAGCAACUCCGGCCGCUCCAGUGACCUCGACCCCGGCACCAGUCGCGACCUCGGCACCAGCACCGAGUGCGGCGCCGGCACCAGCACCUACAACUACUGUUGCACCAGUGACGGCAGCGCCGUCAAGUAGCAGCAAUGCCGCACCAGUUCCUCCGGCCAGCAGUGCCGUCACGAACGCCGCAUCUGCUGUUCCGACCUCGACUCCAGCUCCCACAACAGGUCCCUCCACGACUGCACCUGCUGCACCAGCAAUCUCUGCCCCAGCACCGGCUUCUGCCAAACCAGCUGUCACGGAACAGCCCAAGGUCAAUAGUUCCAGUGCUGAUGGCGCGAGUGCUCCGGAAAAACAGCCGGAAGCUGAGGCCACACCGAAACCGAAAGAAGACGCGCCUGCGGCUAAGCCUGACCAAGCUGUAGCCACAACACCCACAGUGCAAAGUAAACCCGAGGAGAAAAAAUCUCCAGCUCAAAGUGGACCAAAAGAAGAGACGGCACCCAGCAGUGCUUCUCCUCAGAAACCAGUGCAAACGACGCCAACGGCGACAGCACCUGCUGCAACUAAACCCGAGGAGAGCCCGUCUAAGACCGAGCCUCCCGCGCAGAAAUCUCCUAAAACACAGACGGCGUCAGCCGCUACUACAGCAGCAACAACAACAGCUGCUGCUACUUCUAAGCCUGUUGCAAGCGUGCCCGACAGUCCCGAGAAAGUGACGGAAGCAAAAGACGCGAAGACCCCAGUUUCAUCGCGACCUGCUAAGAGGAAAUCCCGCGAGCUCAAGGAGACCAAGAGUGCUGCAUCUUCGGUGGACGGUGGAUCUAGAUCCAAACGUACCCGAGUUCAGACGACUCCUUACCAGAGCCCGCUGCCGGAAAUGACGGCGAUCGUCAAAAAUCUGUCAAAACCGGCACCCAAGACGCCAGACAGCAAAUUAAUUGUAUUCUACAAGAAUGAAUUUUUGGCGGUGAGGAACACAGAAGGAAGUUUCUUUGUUUGUCAGGCUAUGCAAAAUAUUUACAAAUCGAGUAAGCGUAUUCGUAUACGCUGGUUAUGCCAAGAUAAAAACAAUGGGGAAAUAUAUAUGCCAGACUUCCACGACCACACAGAUUUUGACUGUAUAUUGACGAACCUUGCCUUACACAAAGUCGAAAAAAACAAGUAUCAAUUGACCAAAUAUGAACUGUUAAGAACGGAAAACAUAUUGAAGAGGGCUAUUGACGUUGAAGCAGGACUAUCUGAGAAGCCACGAGUGACUGAAGAGCACCCUGAUGGCUUGGACAUUUCCCUGUACCAAGACGAAGCGCAGCUGAAAAAAAGGAAAGGAAAAGGAAAAGGCGGCAAAGGCAAGCGUCAGCGCAAGAAGGCCAACAAGGAAUCUAGCGAAUCAGAAGAAGACGAUGACGAUGACGAAUCGGACGACAACGACGAUGAAGACGAUAGCUCGUCGGAUUCCGACUCUUCGGACAAGAAGUCGUCGCCAUCCAGCGGUCGCAAAUCUCAAUCGAAGAAACGGUCGGGUAGUAAAGCUGCAAUUGCACAGGCCUCCACGACGCCAAAGGGCCCGAGCAGGGCCGAACGGGCCCUUAACCGAAGCAAGGGUACAGUGGGACCGAGUACCUCCGGCAGUAGCGGCGCCUCCACUUCUUCUGCCGCCAAAAAGGCCGAACCUAAAAAAGCCGUUGAGCCCAAGAAGGCUGUUGAGCCCAAAAAACAGGCGGCAAAGCCUGUGGCGACAGCGAGCACCAGUGCUACAGCUAGCACGCCCGGACAGUCGAGAGCAAAAGCGCGUGGCACUGCAACUGCAGCCGUAGCUUCUACGGCACAAGCAGCGACGCCAGAGACCAAGACAACAGGCGGUCGUCCUAAGCGAGUGGCCAACACCACGACAGUAGCAGCCUCGACGAGCGAAGAAAGCUCGUCGGCGCGCAAAAAACCGCGCGGACGUGCAUAAAGCGACAUUGCGCUCACCCUAACUACGCGGCAUGCGUACAACAGCGUCUGCAUUGUAGGUAACGUCUAUACGUCGCGCCUGGAUUUGCGAGAAACAAGCAAAAAUGAAAAGAUCCAAAUCAACACAAAAAGGAAUUCUAUCUAGUGCGAUAACAUCCUCUCUUUUUUGAGUCUUUGGAAUAUAAUUAUUAAGAAAAAAUGAAGCUGUUUGGUUUGUUGUUGACACUCGUGUUUUUGAGAAUUAAAAAAAAAAGAUAAUAGCGGCUAUCUGAUUAUAGAGUGUAAAUAUAAAAAAAGGAAUGGAAAAAGAGAAAUUCGCACUGAAUAUGUAAAAUCUACUGCGGUCAGGACUGUGAAAAGCGAUGCAAAUGAAGUUGGUUUAAAAGUGUCCAAUUGAAGUGAGGGGUACGCUUUCCUUACUGAGCAGCAGAACAAUCGACAGGGUGUGUUGCGCAUCAAUGCAUACUUUGGCGAUAGUCUAUUUUUGAUGUUGUAAGUGAAUCUUGUAUGAUUCAAUUGGGCUUAAAACAUACAUUUUUUCAUCGGAUAUGAUAAUUACCCAUGUACAAAUAUUAUAUGUAUGUGUCUGUUGGGGAUACGUGAGUUAUAUUCUGUAAAACAGAAAACGCAAAAAGAGCGUUAAAAAGAGGAAAAAAAGAGAGAUGAUAAAAACAAUUUUAAGCAAUCCAAGACCUGGAAAAGUUUAACAGCCCUUUAGAUUUAGAAACUCGACUGUAAGUGUAUUGCUACGUACAAAGGCGAUUGACAGCGAAGCGAUUCGAUGAAAAAAUGAACAUCGAAGUAAUUAAAAAUAACGGACUAAGUAUUUGUCUUUAUUAUUUUUUUGUUUUUAUUAGAGGCUGGAAAAGCACAGUUACUUUUACUUUUUAAUCCUUUUUAAGGAUCUAUGAUAUGCGUUUGCAAUCGUCUUUCAUGUUAAUUCUAUGAAUAAAUAUAUUUGCUCGAGUAAAAUUUUAUCCAGGUCGGAGAAAAGUAAAUUUACAAAUGCAAUCUGUAUUCAGAGUAUCUGUGUUUCUCGAAGCGUACUUCUACGCUUGAUCUGGAAAACCCAGAUGAUCUCUGCACUGGUGCCGCGCAUAUUAAUUUAGCCACUUUUACAUUAUCUACUUUAGAUAAUAAAAACUGCUAGAGGACUCAAGCUAAAUUUGAGUCAAAUGUAUAGAUUUAUUUUACCUUUGUACUUGUCUACUUUUGUCCGAGGAAAAAAAACAGAGUGUAUAUUUACCAGAAAAUGAAACAAAAAUAGCACAUUAGUCUACGUUUCGAAUCUAAAUAACGAUUUGUUAAAUGUAGCCGAUGUUAUUAUUUCAGAAUGUAUUCAUAUCAACAUAAUUAUGAUCUUGUGAAUAAUUUUGAAAAUAAAAAUAACUACAAUA